CCCAACAAGGCAACAACCUCCCAUAAUUACGAUUUAAGCAUAUAUCCCUUUGUAGUUCUCUCACAAAAUGUUGAAAUCUUUGGCUUCUUUCUUCCAUGGAUUUUCAUUGCCGGAAUCAAUGAAAUUCAGAGAACCCAAUUGUACAACAACAAGGUUUGUAUACAGAGAUGAAUUGAAUAAAAAGACGCCACCUUCAACCAUGGCGAGAGGCACGCCCAAGAAGGGUCGUGAUUGUAGCACUGCAACUGGUGCAGUGGAAGAGAAAGUGGCGGCCUCGACUGUGAUGAGAGUGAAAGUGAAGAUGACAAAGCAAGAGGCCGCGCGGUUGCUGGCAAAGUGUAAAAAAGGAGGGGUUCUUGAGUUCAGGGACGUGGCACGGGCACUGGUGGAAAUUCCGGCCAGUCGUAUUAGGAUUGUGGAAGGGAACCUUACAACUACCGUUACCAGAAAAAGUACAGUGCUUGACAGUAUUCCUGAAUAGUUUUUAGGCUGUUUUUUUAUUCUUCUUAUGUUUUUUUUUUUAAAUUAUUUUUUAAAAAAUACAAUGUAUUUGUACUGUUGUGUUUGAUCAACCUGGUUUCACGGAUGGUAUCCGUCAAACCUGUAAUUAGUGAAAAAAAAAAAGAAAAUACACUUUUCGGUGACGACCUUUGUCUUUGAUUAUAGAAAUCAAAGUCCACAGAAACU